GGCGGCCGCGUCCCCCCGGGCGGCAUGCGGGGCGGCGGCGGGAACGGCAGCGAGGGCGAGCGGUGGCCGUGGGCGCCCUGCGACGAGCGGCUGUGCCUGGCGGUGCCGGCGCGGGUGCUGGUCCCCGUCACGGCCGUCUGCCUGGGGAUCUUCGUGGUCGGCGUGGCGGGCAACGUCCUGACGGUGCUGGUCAUCCGCGGCCACCGCGACAUGAAGACCACCACUAACCUCUACCUGGGCAGCAUGGCCGUCUCGGACCUGCUCAUCCUCCUGGGACUGCCCUUCGAUCUCUACCGCCUCUGGCGCUCGCGGCCCUGGAUCUUCGGGCAGCUGCUGUGCCGCCUCUCGCACUACCUCAGCGAGGGCUGCACCUACUGCACCAUCCUCCACAUCACCGCCCUCACCGCGGAGCGCUACCUCGCCGUCUGCUUCCCCCUCAAAGCCAAGGUGGUCAUCACCAAGCGCCGGGUGAAGGCCGUCAUCGGCACCCUCUGGGCCUUCGCCUUCCUCUCCGCCGGCCCCUUCUUCUUCCUGGUUGGCGUGGAGCAGCCCGACAACCACACCGACUUCAGCCGGGAGUGCAAACCCACCCCACGGGCCGUGGAAUCCGGCCUGCUGGCCACCAUGUUCUGGGUCACCACCUCCUACUUCGUCCUGCCCCUCGUCUGCCUCAACGUCCUCUACGGCUUCAUCGGCCGGGAGCUGUGGCAGAGCAACGCCCGCCUGCGAGGCCCCAGCGCCGUCCUCCGGGAGAAGGGGCACCGCCAGACCGUCAAGAUCUUGGCUGUGGUGGUUCUGGCCUUUGUAAUUUGCUGGUUGCCUUUCCACAUUGGCAGGAUCAUAUUUAUAAACACCCGGGACACCAGGAUGAUGCUGUUCUCCCAGUACUUUAACAUAUUUGCCCUGCAGCUCUUCUACCUGAGCGCAUCCAUCAACCCCAUCCUCUACAACCUCAUUUCGAAGAAGUACAGGGCGGCAGCCUACAAGCUGCUGUUGCCACACCGAGGUGCAGAGCGGGCUUUCGCGGUAACGAAAGAGGCCGGUGGCUACACGGAGACCAGCGCUAGCACGAGGAACGAGUACGCCACCAGCUUCUGAGGCUCCAGGCCUUCUCUGCAAAGGAAGGGAGCUGCCCUUCCGCAGGAGAGGAGUAAAAGGGGGGACGUUUGUCAGGCUGCGUGGUGUUUUCGCGACCGUUGGUAUUUUCAAAUACUUGUGUUUUCGUUAACAGAGCGAGCAGGGACCGUAAAGCGGCGAGAAUGACGUGCAACUCCUGAAAGAGAACUCACUAGGCAAGGCUGGAGUAAAUUACCAGUGAAACUGUGGUUUCGGUUUACUGCGUGUUGUUCGUUGCAUGUGUUUUGUGCCAUUCCCAGUGUUUUCUAAAAAUCCUGAAGGACCGCAAAGGAGGAGGGAGUCUGAGGUAGCAGCUGUUCUUGGGUGCGGUAAAACUCCCAGGCAUCCUUUGCCUUUUUGAAAUGGUGUUCUUAUAAACGAGAUUUUCCAAACCGCAGUCUUGCAAGGAGAUGGAUGCAAAAGAAAUCACCCGCCAGGUUGAACAUCCUUGGAAGAAGGAGGCAUAUAUCUUCAGUUGGAAGAAGGAGCCAUAUCUCUUCAGUUGGAAGAAGGAGCCAUAUCUCUUUAGUUGGAAGAAGGAGCCAUAUCUCUUCAGUUGGAAGAAGGAGCCAUAUCUCUUCAGUUGGAAGAAGGAGCCAUAUCUCUUUAGUUGGAAGAAGGAGCCAUAUCUCUUUAGUUGGAAGAAGGAGCCAUAUCUCUUUAGUUGGAAGAAGGAGGCAUAUAUCUUUAGUACCUGGUCUUGUAAUCACGAAGGGGAGUUUCACUGACUUAAGCCUCGGGGCUUAACCCUUUCGGUCUGACCCACGCGAGCAAAUAACGCCUCUUGUUUGUAGACUAGCAACCCACCCCCUCCAUCUGUCAGAGUCCAGCUAUUCCCGCUCGCUUCCUCGUGCUCGACCCGGAGUGUUUGGUCCAUGCCAGGGGUCACGGCCCCGCGUUACGCGCAGCGCCCGCCCCUAACGCGCCGAGUCAACCCGCCUGCCCCCCGACGAGACCCGCCGCUGGACGUGCUGCUGCAUCGCGCCGCCAGUCGGCAAACGAGUCACCGGUUUUGACCCCAAAGAUUUUAAAUACGGACUUGAACUGCGUGGUUUAGGAAGGAGCCUCGUGAGGAAGAGCUAGGAGGAGUUGCUGGACCGUUUCUCCGCCGGGCCGGCGCACCCGCCGCGUUUCAGCCCUUACCUUCCCGGCUGCAGCGACACAGGGCUGGAGCGGAGGCGAGGAGGUGGGACUGCAUUGCCUGGCGGUUUGUCCACGCUUGCCCUUGGUUAUCUGUUACCCCUUCUUAAUUACCGUGUCUGUGGAUUAAAAAAAAAAAAAAAAAAAAAAAGGUAACAGUGGUGUUGACUGUCCGCGGGCGUUCACCGCGGUGGUGGUGAGAAUUGGACCUCCAGCUCCGAGCUCUGGAGACGGCGGAGCUGAACCCCUCCGGGUUUUAAAAAAUAUGAUCAGUUCUCCCGUUAACGACCCAUAGCUCUGAGUUACUGAAUUAAAAAAAAAAAAAAUCAUCUAAAGACAGAAGUAAAACUAGCUCACCGCACGCACGUUAAGCUUUCCGUCGGCUUCGCACUGGGGGAGAGCGGUUGUCUGCAGGGCUUG